CAGGCUCGGCCCGGCCUAGGCGAGUGUGUCGGUGUCUAGCCGGCGCCUUCACGUCCGGUGUCAACGGCAGCAUUUCUGCUCUGACGAGGGGGAGGGUGUGCUGCCCAGGAACAUGGCCAAUGCUCUGAGGUCCUACGAGUCGGCAUUGCCGCUCGCUCAUGGGUCUGCCUCCGCGCAGCGCGACUCGCGCAGGAACGUUGAACUGGCGCUGCGCGACUCGCACAGGAUCAACAUGUCGCGCCUCCGAACCAGCCGAACCAGUGGAAGCACAGGAGACCGCCAGAGCGGCCAGAGCGAGUCCCGAGACCGCUUCGGCCUGCCGACCACGAAGCGCAGCAACGAGACCUCCUCCCACAGGCGCCGCAACCCCUACCUGCCGGGCGGCAUCCAGUGGCCGCCGCCGGCGCGCCACACGCCAGCGCCGCCGCGCGCAGAGCCCGCGCCGCCGGGCGGCGCGUCCGCGCCCGGGGCGCCCUCGCGCGCCUCGCCGCAGGGCGGGAGCUGGGUCUGGGGCUCGCUGCUGGCGCAGGUCGCCGCGGUGCUGCACACCCUCGGGAUGGUGGGCGUGCGCGCGGUGCUCCGGCGCGGCAAGGAGGCGGCCAGGUGGCGCCCGCUGCUGCGGCUGUCGUUCUGGAAGGCGGUGCUGCUGCGGACCCUGGCCUGCCAGGUCUGGUGGGCCGCGCGCUGCUGCGCGCCGGACACCACCGUGGCCCCCGUCUUCUUGGGCUUCCCCCCGGAGCCGGCUGGGGGUCGGAGGUGGCCCAGCACUGUUGUAGGCUAGCAGGAAGGGGGGCGAGGUUCAAGAUGCUGGGCUCGAGGACGUUUUGUGCUUCUCUCGGCCUCCAGGGGCCGUCCUCGGGCCCCGGG